AUGUCUGAUUCAAUUCCCCAGAAGAGAAAAAAACGAAAUUUUGAAAAUCGACAAGUCUAUGUCGGGAAUUUGCCCUUUGAUGCCACGGAGCAGGAACUCCAUGAUGUUUUCUCUGUGAUGGGACCAAUCAAAAACAUUUGGAUGGCAAAAAGACCACCAGGAUUCGCAUUUGUUACUUACAAACGGACGGUCCAUGCAUAUGAUGCGGUAAAAUAUCUCAAUGGAAAAAAAAUAUGCGAUUUGGAAGCAAAGGUGGAGAUGUGUGAAAUGGAUUUCAAGGAAGAUUUGAAAAGAAGGAUGGAGGAAAAUCAAAGAAAAUUGAAAAGUGUCACAGAAGGCUGA